AUGGAGAGAGAAGGAAGGGCUUCGUGGAUGAAAUAUGGGCCUGUUGUGUCCCUGUUUGUGGUUAUUUUAUCCUUCUGGUUCCGGUCACCCCAGAAUGAAGUACUGGACGACCGGCUGGACACCGUCCUGUCCUCUCUGCUCCGGGCUGAAGGAAAAGUCGGGGUGAACAACGUGGCCCGACCUAAAGUGGCAGUGGGGUUUGGAGGCUGUGUGGACCUAAUAGUGGACGGGGUUUCGUUGCUGAAUAAGAUCGGCCUCGCUCACACAGACCAGCCCCUGCACCACGACCUCAUAGAAAAUGAAGUGCAGCUGGCUCAGAGCUUCGCCUAUUUCUUCGCACCGGGAGCUGCCGCAGAGCGUUUUGUGCUAAAUGACACUUUCUUCAGCGAGCUGGUGGAAGCGUCUCGUGACCUACCCGGCAACAGAUGGGCAAUAGGCGGCAAUGCCCCGGUGAUGGCUGGCCGCAUGGCAACCGAGGGAUGUGAUUUAUUGCUAGGGGGGAGUUUCAGCCCCGAAUUCACUGAUGUCCUGUCUGAACACAUUGCAGUGGCAGGGAACAUAGUUGAGGAGCCAGACAUUCAUCUGAUCCUGGAGUAUCCGUCUGGUGCGAGCUGGGGUCAAUACACGUCACGUAGAGCCAACAGAUAUAUCGUCCACAGCGAUGACCAUAACCCCUACUUGGACUCCAUGGCUGCUUUUGCAGAGAAACUCAAAGGCUUCGACCCAGAUCUGCUGGUGGUGGGUGGGCUGCAAAUGAUGGAUAACUUCCCCUUCCAGUCAGGUGAGCGCGAGGCUCUGCUCUCCCGCCUCGCCGACCUCCUCUCCUCCUCCUCUCCUACGAUUGGAGUCCAUUUUGAGAUGGCCAGUUUUGUAGAAGAGGGUAUAAUGGAGGAACUUUUUCACUACGUCAUUCCCCAUGCCGACUCUUUAGGCAUGAAUGAACAGGAGCUUCCCAACCUGCUCAGCCUGCUGAAAGACUCCAACAUCACGGUGUUGUCAGACCCUAACCCUCGUGUAGCCACCGUCCUCGACCAGAUGAGGGAGGUGUACCGCAUCGUGAACCUCCGCUCAAAGGAAGACAGCGACACAAGCAGCGCUAAAGCGAAGCCGCUGACUCGGCUCCACGUCCACACGCUCGCCUUUCAGGCCAUGAUCGUGACCCACGGCUCCAAGUGGAAGAACACCAUGUCGGCCACCGCCAAGGCGUCUCUCACGGCUAACCGCCACGUCUGCGGCUCCGAUGACAUCGACCCCAGCAAGGCCCGGCUCAUCAUGGACGACUCGUUCUCUGUGAGCCAGCGGGAGGGCAGCGUGCGGAUCCCUCUGCAGGAGAGCCGGCCCGUCAGCUGCUGGGACGAGGACGACUACGAGAUCUGCGUGGCCCCGGUGCUCGUGUGCACCGAGGUUUACCAAACUGCAGGCGGAGGAGACAACAUCUCAGCCGCCGGCCUGGUGCUGCAGAUCUAGAGAAGGACACUGUGUGCUUCAUCUGUGUGUAGUGCUCUGUGAGCCUGGACACUUGAUCUAGGUGUGAUACAAAGUACCCAGCAAACAUGGGUACUGAUUGUAAAAUGUUUCAGGCUAAUGCUGUCGCCCUGGCAGCUCCUGGUGGACCAAUAGGAAAAGUGAAUAUCAGUUGUAGGAGUCACAUGAUGUGGUUAUUAAUCAGGUAUGAGCCUGGUUGUUAGGGGGAUGCAGAUAAAAACAGGUGAAGUCAAACAUUACAGUUUAGUAAAUUGACUAAUCCAAACCAGACUAUCUGCAGUUAAUUCUCAGUUAGGUGUGUGUGUGUGAGUUUACAUUAGGUUGCAGGGCACUAUCGCUAGUUUCGUGUUUGUUUUAUUAACGUUGGGUACAUAUAUUAAUAUUUGUACACUGUCUUUGCCGGAGUGCAAAGCCCUUUGGCAUCCAGAUUAUUUGUUACAACUAAAACUUUAAAAGACACACUGCCCUGCUCUGUCCUUUUUAUAAUUCUUUGACCGCCCCUGCCUUGCAGCAUACGCAGUUUCAAAAUAAGGCUGAAAAGUGAGCUUCCUUUUCUAAAGGGGAUUGUCGUAAAAAACACACUUUAUCAGUGCAUUUGGGUAUCUUGAGUUUUGAGAGUUUUUGUGUCCUUCCUUCAUCAGAACACAAAGACUCAACAAGCCCUUUAUAUGUGGCUCCACUCCUUACACUGAAACAGGCUCAUUAGAAUAAACCUGCCCUAAUGUAUACCAUAACGCAUGUAAAGAUGCUCUAUUGGAAACGUAAAGUCCAAGUAUGAAACUCAGCUUAAUAUGUCCCCUUUAAAGGUCACAUCCGAACCCUUUUAAUGAGAGCCUCCUCCCUCUCCUAUCUUAGGAUUUGAAAUAAGAAAGCUAGAGGUUAUCACCUCCUGUUCUUCCUAAUAUAUGUGAAUACUGGUCUGGGUGUGUUUGAUUUGUUGUUGAUUGUGAUUCUUAUGUUGCAGAGUACUAAUGCAAAAACUAGACCACUUUAGGUAGCUGGAUAUGAUGUCAAAGACCUCCUUUCUACCUCCAUGCUAUUUAUGUUUCUCCACUUUCCUCUCUUCGGUGUACUUUGACAAACUUUUCUAUCAUCUUUCAUUUAUCUUCUUGUGUUUAUUUAUGUUUUUAAGGACCAAAUAACCAGUGUGGACUAUCCCUGAUAACAUUGCUGCUAAAGAGGCGUUACUGGUAGACACUUCUCAUGUUCUCAUAUUAUAAUGCUGCAUACUGUGACACAGUCUCCUCUCUAGUUGUUGUUGUUUUUUAUCAUAUAGUUAAUCCCCAUUGGCCUAAAUAGAAGUGGCCCCUGUCUCUAAUUGGCCAUAGACGUAUACAGAGUAGAAAUCCCUUUCCUUUGAAACCAUAUCUGACUGAAAUGGGAAUAAUGGUUCACACUGUAUCCAUAUAAAACAUUCCUCCACAGACCAAGCUUCCAUAAGUAUCUUCACAAGUGGAAUAUUUUCUUUCUAUACAACAUGCUCCCCUUUUCACUGAGGAACACGCAUAUUCAUGUUACAGUGCAACGAUUAGGAGCUAAAGAAACCAGUCAACGUGUUUCCUCUGUAUGUCAGCACUGUACUCGUGAAUGCUGUUUUAUUUAUGCUGUUUAGUGAUAAGGGAAUGUUUAAUACAGACUUUUUCUAUACCUGCAGGCUUAUGUUUCAUUUCCUUUGUCUUAUGUUUCAUUUCCUUUGUCUUGAUUGAUUUGAGGAUGAGUAAUGGCUCACGUUUUACUGUGAAAUGAAUUUGUUUAAAGCAGAACUUCAGCAUGCAUUCAUGUUCAGAUAGAAAACUGCUUGUGUUUGCUAACAUAACACUUAGUUUUAGAUACGUCCUGUCAUCCAAAGCUGUGUGUAACGUUUUAAUGCAUGUUAACUAUUCAAUGCAGAACCACUUCAGAUAAAACGCUGAUAAAGCACU